AUGAAUUCCUCAUCUUCCUCCGCUUCAUCUUCCGACGUCGAAGACGUGGAGCUCGACGAGGUCCAGCACCACAGCGACAGCAAGGUCAUCGACGACCUGCGCGACGAGGAGGUCAUGGGCGACGAGGAGCUGGGCAUCGUGUCCAAGUACGCCAAGGUCAACCAGCCGUGCCCGUUCUCCAAGACCCCGCCCAAGUACCCGAUCGGGCUCGAGUGGCGCAAUCUCAACUACAAGGUGGUCAUCCCGCUGCCGCCGCAGAAUCUCUUCGUGAAGCUGCUCUUCAAGCUGCCCAUCCCAGCCACGAUCACCAACUACCUCAAGACCAAGAAGGAGGUGCCAAUCCUCAACAACGUCUCCGGCAAGGUCACGCCCGGCAGUGUCGUCGCCAUCAUGGGUCCCACGGGCUCCGGCAAGACGACGCUGUUGAACGUGUUGGCGCGUCGCGUGAAGCAAAACGUGACCGGCGACAUCCUGGUGAACGGCGAGCAGGUCGAGGGCCGGCGGUUCAAGCGGCGCAUGGCCUACGUGCUGCAGGACGACAUCUUCUUCCCCAACCUCACCGUGCGCGACACCGUCACCUACACGGCCUACCUCAAGCUCUCCAAGAAGCUGUCGAUGGCCGAGAAGCGCGAGCGCGUCGAAGACAUUCUCACCGAGCUGGGCAUCCAGCGGUGCUCGAACACCAUCGUUGGCGGCGCCUGGGUGCGCGGCGUGUCGGGCGGCGAGCGCAAGCGGACCAACAUCGCCAACGAGCUGGUCAACAACCCGUCACUCAUCUUCCUCGACGAGCCCACGUCGGGCCUCGACGCCGCCACCUCGCUCGGCCUGAUCGUGUCCCUCAAGCACCUGGCCAAGAGCGGCCACACGGUGGUGACCACCAUCCACCAGCCCUCGUCGGCCAUGUUCAUGAUGUUCGACAACGUGCUGCUCCUGGCCGAGGGCGGCUUCGUGGUCUACUCAGGCAGCGCCGCCGGCGUGCUGCCCUACUUUGCCAACCUCGGCCUCCACUCUCCGUCGGCCUACAACCCCGCCGACUUCAUGCUCGAAGUGGUGACGUCGAAUGAGAAGAUCAACGACGGCCGCACCGUGCGACAGCUGCUGAUCGACACCUACGCGGCCAACGAGAAGGAGAGCGAGGCGAUGAAGCCGCUCAAGAUCGACGACGACCAGCGCGAGGGCGUGCGCGACAUGAAGAAGGGUCCCAAGUACCCGACCAGCAUCUUCACCCAGACGUGGGUCAUGGCCACCCGGUCCUUCAAGCAGCGGCGACACGACAUCCUCUCGUGGUCGCACAUCAUCCAGAUCGCGCUCAUCUCGAUUCUCUCGGGCCUCCUCUGGUUCCAGAUGGACAAGAAGGAGUCGGCCAUCGGCGACCGCAACGGUUUCCUCUUCUUCUCCACCAUGUUCUGGAUCAUGCACCCGUGGAUGCAAUCACUCUACGCCUUCCCUCCCGAGCGCGCGGUGUUGAACAAAGAGCGAGCGACGGGCACGUACCGGCUGUCGGCCUACUUCAUGGGCAAGACGAUCGCUGAGACGCCACUCGAGCUCGUGCUGCCGUUCAUCUUCGCCGUGAUCACCUACUGGAUGGUCGAUCUCUCGAACGACGGCUACACCUUCAUCUUCUACAUCGUCAUCCUCUGGCUGUUUGUCCUCAUGGGCACCGGCAUCGGCACCUUCAUCGGCGCCGCCAUCGUCGACGUCAAGAAGGCCCUCACCCUGUCCGUCAUCGUUGUCCUCGCCUCCAUUCUUCUCGAACCUGCCGUGUGGAUCGCGUGGGCGCGAUGGAUCUCGAUCGUGAAGUACAGCUACGAGCUGACGAUGCUCAACGAGUUCCAGCUCUCCAAGGGCCUCCACUUCACGCCCUCGAACCCGUCCUCGUACGACGCCAACCCGAUCACGGGCGACGACAUCCUGGACAAGUUCGGCGUCGAGACCAACGUGUGGGGCGACGUGAUCUUCCUGGUGGGCAUGAUCGUGCUCACCCGAGUCGGCGCCUACCUCGCUCUGCGCUUCCUCAACAAGCCGCGCAUGUAA